GAUCCACAAUAGUCGCCAAAAGGGAGGGAUAGCACCAGUACAAUACCAACACCAAGACCGAUCCCCGCAGCCCUACAGACCUACUCGAGGCCCAAUGCAAAAAGCGAAACGAAAAGCUCGAAUGGAAUAUACAACCAGCGGCCGCGAUGAAGUAAAACGAAAUAAUAAUAAAAAAAAAAGAAUAAUAAAAAGCAGAAGAAGAAGAAGACAGGGCGGAGGGAUAUACGUAAAAACACAAACCCAGGAUAUCGCUAAAAAGAAAACGAAGAAAAGAAAAAAGAGACGCAAAAAAGCCGUGCAAGGACGAGCGAAAGAAAAUAUACCAAGCGGAAAACAACACAAAGGGAGAAGAACGAAAGAGAAGAGAAAAGCAAAAAAAAACUAAAAGAAAAGCGAGGGAAUCAUGGUGUUACAAGCCAAAUACAGGCGCACCGGUUCCUCCCUUCCCUACUCCCCAAAAUCUC